GUUCCCCUUCCCUGCAGUAACCUUUCAAAUGGAGCAUUAGAGCGCUUCGUUCGUCUGGAGCGUGUCAUCACUCGUGCUCAACAAACAUGGAUCCCAUGUAAAGAAAGGCCAUAAACAAAACCUGACAGCCAUCCCCUCAGCAUCAACACACAGGACCCUCUGCUUUGAAGCUCAAACAAGAAAUAUCCCACACAGGUGCACCGGCCCUCAUCCUUAUUUCAAUCCUUCGCUACAUCCUUCUUUAAUUACCCAUCUCAAAGCCAGUGAGAUUGAAGGCCUACACUAGCCAAGAGCCAACAUGUCAACGUUCCGGUUUGGUCAGCACAUCAUCAAGGCUUCAUCCGUGUUCCUGCAGACAGAGCUGUCCUUCGCACUGGUCAACAGAAAGCCUGUGGUGCCUGGACAUGUGUUGGUGUGCCCCCUGCGGCCGGUGGAGCGCUUCCGGGACCUGCGUCCAGAGGAGGUGGCUGAUCUCUUCAGCACCACCCAGAGAGUGGCCAACCUGGUGGAGAAACACUUCCAGGCAACGUCCCUUACCAUCGCUGUACAGGAUGGCCCUGAAGCUGGACAAACUGUGAAGCAUGUGCACGUCCACGUGCUCCCCAGGAGGGCGGGGGACUUUGAAAAGAACGACAACGUCUAUGAUGAGCUCCAGAAGCACGACCGAGAGAGCGAAGACGUGUCUUUGUGGAGGACAGAGGAGGAGAUGGCUGUGGAGGCUUCCAGUCUGAGGGAACAGUUCAGCUAGAUCAACCUGGUAAACUCCUGUGUCUCUACUGACUCCACAGGGUUUUUAACCCAUAUUCAAUCCUGUACUUUAAACACAUGAACUCAAAAUAGAAAUAGCAAAUAUUACACACACAGUGUGUAAAGUCAUAUUUUUGUGAGAUCUUUUGUAGAUGACAUCUCUGACAAAGAAGGUUGGACAUGAUUCAUUCUAACUGUACCUGAAUAGAUCAUUUGUUCUUAGUUUAUUAUUUUUGAUUCAGCAUCUUGUAUAACUACAUGCCGAGAUGGUCUGUGUGAUGGAAGUUGAUGAUGCUUUUGUUUGGUGCAUCUGGUGAAAAACCUCAUUUAAAUAUGGAUGUGGAACAGUGAGAUCUAUUGUGUUUAAUUGUGACAUUGUUAAAUUGUGAAUCAUUGUCUUUUGUGUAACUGGUUCAUUAA